AUGGCAAGAGCUUCCCUGCUUCAGGAAGAUGAAUCAGAUGAUGGAAACGACUCAAACAAAGAAAAUUCUUCUCACAAGUUUAAUGAAGGGUCAUUUGAUGUCGAAAUCAUCAGAUUGUUUGAGCAUUUUCAACCUGUCUUGGAUAAUGCUGAUGUCAAGUGCCCAUGUACAGAAGUUGUUGCUGAGUGGCAUGACUUGUUAACCUAUAUCAUCAAUUACCUACAGCCAAACAAGCACAACUACAAGAAAACGUGGAAGUUUGUCUUUCUGUCAUCCUAUGCAAAAUCAAAAUGGAAGAACAUCCUUUACCUUAGUUGA